GCGCUCCGGUAGUGACGUUGCUUCCGGUCUCCUGCGUCAUCACACCGCGACUCUGCUCGAGGCCCGCAGUCGCUCGGGAUUGUACCACCUGGAACAAAAACAUGGCUCCAUCACCUACCAAGCGGAAGGAGGAGGAGAAAACGAAAGAGCGAGCCAAGGAGAAGUCUGCCGCCAAGGAUGGCGAAAAGGACCGUGGGCGGGACAAAGCCAGGAAACGCCGCAGCGCGUCCACCGGCAGCAGCAGCAGCAGCAGCAGCUCCGGUUCCAGCUCGGGCUCGUCCAGCGGCUCCAGCUCCUCCGGAAGCAGCCACUCGGGCUCCUCCAGCUCGCGGUCGUCGUCCUCUUCCAGCUCCUCGGGAUCGCCCAGCCCAGGCCGCCGGCGCCACGACAACCGCCGCCGCUCCCGCUCGGCGUCCAAAACGCAGAAGAGGGGAGAUGACAAGGAUAAGGACAAAGAUAAAGAUAAGGAAAGGAGGAAAAGAACUCCCAGCCCCAAACCGACCAAGGUUCACUUAGGGCGACUGACCAGGAAUGUCACAAAGGACCACAUCCAGGAGAUCUUUGCCACGUACGGCAAAAUCAAGUCGGUGGAGAUGCCGAUGGAGAGGCAGCUGCCGCACAUGUCCAAGGGCUUCGCCUACGUGGAGUACGAGAGCCACGAGGAGGCCCAGAAGGCGCUCAAGUACAUGGACGGAGGUCAGAUCGACGGACAGGAGAUCACGGCGGCCGCCGUGCUGCCCCAGAGGGUCCGCCCUCCCCCCCGCCGGCUGUCCCCCCCUCGCAGAAUGCCCCCGCCGCCGCCCAUGUGGCGACGCAGCCCCCCGCGCAUGAGGAGGAGGUCCCGCUCCCCGAGGAGGCGUUCGCCCGUACGCCGCCGCUCUCGUUCCCGAUCUCCCGGCCGCAGGCGUCACCGCUCUCGCUCCAGCUCCAACUCGUCCAGAUAAACAAGUUUUCCACUUUCAGUGGGGAUUUCAAGUUACUUUUUAUAAUGACAAAAAAAAAAAAAAAUCAACGUUGCCCUCAUUUCGAUUGUUUUUUUUUUUUUUUGUUAAUGUCAAAGUGAGUUCCUUGUCAUUUUUUUUGUUAAUCCUGACGAGUACAAGCUGAAAUUGUGAUCCUUUGUACUCUGUACUGACUUAGACAGUUUGGAAAAUAAAACUUGUGAAACGUC